AUGGUUUCUAACGUUUUAUUGACAGGUGCCUCUGGCUACAUCGCCCAGCACGUCACCAGUGAAUUACUUUCCCAUGGCUUUAGGGUCAUUGGAACUGUGAGAAGACAGGAGCAGGCAGACCAAUUGCAUAAGCAAUUUUCAGAAGAAAAUCCAGCCUUGCAAAAGGACCCUUCCCUUUUGACAUACGUACUAGUUCCAGAUAUUGGUGCUCCAGACGCUUUUGAUGAGGUAUUGAAGUCGACCCCCGACAUCACUUAUGUCCUUCACACAGCUUCCCCACUCAUUUUCAAUGACGACAGAGCUCUUGAGGACGUUUAUUUAAGGCCUGCUGUUGAGGGUACCAAAAACAUUUUAAGUGCUAUCAAAAAGUUUGCCAAUGACAGUGUCAAGAACGUCGUAGUUACCUCUUCCUUUGCUGCCCUUAUGAACCCAGAUAAGUUUGAAGACAAGAGCUUCAUCCACACUGAAAAGGUGUGGAACAACAAGACAUGGGAUGACACCAAACCCAGGGAUGAAUUUCUCGGUUAUGUUGUUUCUAAAAAAGAGGCUGAAAAAGCUGCCUGGGAUUUCGUUAAGAAGGAGACACCAAACUUUAAGUUGACAACAGUAAAUCCAUCUUAUGUUUUUGGUCCUCAGAAAUUCGAUGUUGCUGCCAGGAAGGAAUCUUUGAACGCUUCAGCUGAGAUCGUUAAUCUUCUAUUGCGCACGAAGUAUCCAUCUGAUGAGAAGUUAUUUGAUGAUCUUGUGAGUAUAUCAGUGGAUGUUAGAGAUGUUGCUCUCUACCAUGUGCUGCCACUUCUAGAUGCUGAUCUGGCUUCGAAGAGAUUGUUUGUUGUUCAAUCCAAGUUCAGCGCUCAGAGAAUCCUGAACAUUAUCAACGAGAAUUUUCCUGAAUUAAAGGGCAAGAUCGCAGUUGGAAAGCCCGAGGAAACGGCAAGAUUGGAAGCUAUUAAGGGCCCGGAGUAUAACAACAGUCUCAGUAUAGCGUUAACGGGAGUUGACCCCAUCCCACUGGAGAAGACGAUUGUGGACUCUGUCAAACAGAUAUUGCGGGCCAAUAAAUAA